GUCUUCUCUCAGAACUGUGUGUGCGCCGGGCGGCUCCCACUGAGCCGGCUGUGCAGGUGGCUGCGGCUCCCCUCGGGCAGGCUGGGGCUGCCGGGUCGGGCUGGGCCGGCUGCGUGAUUCACAUCACAGCGGUGCUGUGUGGAGCGUUUCGCCUAAUGGGGAAAGCAGACCAGCUGCUCACACAGCAGAUAUUGGUCUAAGGGCUGAGCAAGGCUGUGCCUCUCAGUACAUAGACUUGUUUGGGAUAAAAAGAGCUGAGGGAGCAAUUCCAAGAAGCUCAAAAGGCCUACAUAGCAAUGCAGUUAGCUCAGGGUUUGAGCUCUAACAGCAGAUGCUGGGCAGAUACCACUGCUGUUGCAUUUAUUAGAUCCCAAGGCCUGAAACCCACUGGGGUUCCCAGGCUGUGCACAGCCUUUACUACCUCUCAGUGAGAAUAUCAGACUGCAUGCCUUUCUCCAUUUUGUGAUCAAAGUGUAUGUCUCCUUACAGCGAGCAGCUCUGCAAGGGGGCUAUUUUUACAUCCCGAACGACCUGAUCGGGAGCGAGGCAUUAAAUGCAGGCCUUUUGUGUCUCAGGAGAAGGAUCUGCAUCACAUGUGUUCCAGACUGGCUUCUGAAACUUUCCUCUUGGAGCUGAUCCACUUCUGGGGAUAUAAAUACUACCAAGUGAAUGUACAUGUUAAAAUUGUUCAGUGAUGGAAGCAUCUCUGCAAGGAGAAUCUCCUUUUUGUGAAGAACAGCCGUUUAUUUAUUUGAGGAAUCAAAAGGAUGCUGUUUCUGUAAGGAAAUUCAUCCUAGGUCCAAUUUUUUUUUUUGGCAUUUUUGUUGUCUUUUGGACAUACUCCAAACAGCUAUCUAGGUCAGCAUCUGACUGACAGGAGAAUCUAAUUUCUAUGUGCAUAACCUGCUCUUAUUCCAGUUAAGCAUCCUAAAUUAUGCUGGGUAGCACACCCUGUGAGUUAGAUAUGACAAUGCUUAGCUCUAUGAACGCAUCUAACUGGAGGUCCUUAAGCUGAGUCUGAUGUUCUUCGCAUCCUUUAUUCUGCAGUUUGACCUAAACAAAUAUCUGAUUGAAAUGGGGCCUACAGGCUUGACUUUGUUUUAGAGCUGUGUCUUUCAGGGAAUUUUCAGUCCUUUUUGUUAUCUUCUCUGACAAACGAGAAGAUAAAUUAAGUAUAUGUUCAAAACCAGAUGAGGAGUUAAAAUUACAGCUUGCUUCAUUGCAGUUUCUGCAGUAUCUGCAUCAGGAUCUGCACUUGUGCAAUGACUUAGAGGACCUUGCCCUUCUGAGCAGAGAUGUUAUACGAGCAACAUAAACAGAGGACCAAAAUAUGGCCUUAAUUAGAAAGAAAAAUUAAUUGUAGUGUCAACAAUAAUGCAAGACGGUGUAACGUUAGCUGCUGGACUGCAUACAGAAGAAAUCAAACGGUGAGAGUGAAGUUAUUUACUCAGUUCUAAGCCUCUGAGAAAGCUGGAUUUCAGCCAGUGCCCAGCCUAGAAAGUUCCGCGGUUCCACCCAGGCCACUUCACUUCUUUGAUUUAGGGAUAUACUGAAUGUUAAGCAUGUGAAGACCAGUGCAAGGUUUUACUUGUGCCCAGGAUCGCAGGCCUUCAUACGGUCUGAUGGCAACAUGACUGAGGUUACUAAAAAAAAAAUCAUUUCAGAUGCUGAAUGGCCAGGUUAUCUACAUCUCCACGUAAUCUGGAUUGGAUAUGUCUGGAAUAGUGAAAGCUGCGGACUUGAGUAAACCAAUAGACAAAAGGAUAUACAAAGGAACACAACCUACAUGCCAUGACUUCAAUCACUUAACAGCCACAGCAGAAAGUGUCUCUCUUCUAGUGGGCUUCUCAGCAGGCCAGGUCCAGCUUAUAGACCCUAUUAAAAAAGAAACUAGCAAAUUAUUUAACGAGGAAAGACUAAUAGACAAGUCCAGAGUAACCUGUGUAAAAUGGGUACCAGGUUCGGAAAGCCUUUUCCUAGUAGCUCAUUCCAGUGGCAAUAUGUACUUAUAUAACGUGGAGCACACUUGUGGUACCACAGCCCCGCACUACCAGCUACUUAAACAAGGAGAAAGUUUUGCAGUUCACACUUGCAAGAGUAAAUCCACAAGAAACCCUCUGCUUAAAUGGACAGUAGGUGAGGGUGCCCUGAAUGAAUUUGCCUUUUCCCCAGACGGAAAGUUCUUGGCAUGUGUGAGCCAGGAUGGUUUUCUUCGCGUGUUUAACUUUGAUUCCGUGGAAUUGCAUGGUACAAUGAAAAGCUACUUUGGAGGACUGCUGUGUGUGUGUUGGAGUCCCGAUGGGAAAUACAUAGUGACGGGUGGAGAGGAUGACUUGGUAACAGUUUGGUCUUUUGUGGACUGUCGAGUAAUAGCAAGAGGUCACGGACAUAAAUCGUGGGUCAGUGUUGUUGCGUUUGAUCCAUAUACCACUAGUGUAGAAGAGAGUGACCCGAUGGAAUUUAGCGGAAGUGAUGAGGAUUUCCAAGACCUUCAUUUUGGCAGAGAUCGAGCAAAUAGCACGCAAUCUAGGCUAUCCAAAAGGAACUCUACAGACAGUCGUCCAGUAAGUGUUACGUAUAGAUUUGGUUCAGUAGGCCAGGACACACAGCUCUGUUUGUGGGAUCUUACAGAAGAUAUCCUCUUCCCCCACCAACCUCUCUCAAGAGCAAGGACACAUACAAAUGUCAUGAAUGCCACAAGUCCACCCGCUGGAAGUGGUGGAGCUAACCCAGGAAGUAACGGAAACAGUAUCACAACACCUGGAAACUCUGUACCCCCUCCUCUUCCACGGUCAAACAGCCUUCCACACUCUGCAGUCUCAAAUGCUGGCAGUAAAAGCAGUGUCAUGGAUGGUGCCAUUGCUUCUGGUGUUAGUAAAUUUGCAACCUUAUCACUACAUGAUCGGAAGGAAAGACACCAUGAAAAAGAUCACAAGAGAAAUCAUAGCAUGGGACAUAUAUCUAGCAAGAGCAGUGACAAACUGAACCUAGUUACUAAAACCAAAACGGACCCAGCUAAAACUUUGGGAACACCUCUCUGUCCCAGAAUGGAAGAUGUUCCCUUGUUAGAGCCUCUAAUCUGUAAAAAGAUAGCACAUGAAAGACUGACUGUGUUAAUUUUUCUUGAAGACUGUAUAGUCACUGCUUGUCAGGAGGGAUUUAUUUGCACAUGGGCAAGGCCUGGUAAAGUGGGAACGUGCAACUUGCUUAGUGGAUGUAAUCUUGCAAGGAAGACCUUCCAGUUGUUGCUGGAUUUAAUUGACUUCUGAAGAAGGCUUCGGUAAAUGAACUAUAGAGUUCUGUUUCAUCUUCCUUUCUUGGUAAAAAUGGUCAGGAGCGCUUCAGUAGCUUGUUUGCUUUAAAACUGUGCCCUCUCAUUACUCCAUAACUAAUAACAAUGAAACUUUUUCUUCUUGCUGAAAAUGCAGUGUCUCUGGGUUGAACCCAGCCCAUCCAGUCCCCCUUCCACCUCUGUCUGUGGUCAGGGUUUUCUUCCAUCAGUAGCGACUUUUCAGUUCUGGGGCCCAAGCAAGAAAGAGCUCUUGUAGAUUCUGAAGAUGUGACCUAAUUCUGCAUUGUGUGUUAACUGCUGCCCAGACCUGUCUGGUUUGAUGGAUCUGAGUCACAGGAACUUUAUUUUUGAGGUAAGAAAAAAGCUGGUAGCUAUUGAGAGGAAUUGGUAGAAGCGCAUUUAUCGUGUCCGCGUAGUGCGAGUGGCACAGCGACAGUCACUGGUGUGCUUCCAGCUCAGCUGCCAUUGUGCGAGUCUGCAGGCAGUUGUUUUAAUUAAAUAAUGGACAAUGCAAGAAAACAAAAUUGCCAUUUGAUAUUAAGCUUUUCCUAAAUAACCGGUGUAUGGUUCCUUCUAUGUGAAUGGAUAAAAAGGGGCUACUAUACAUACAUCGAAAGUGGAGCCUUUUGCCCAUGGUGUGGCUGCCUUAAUGCAGAACGGUGGCCCCUGCUGAGCUAGGGCUGCCAUGCAGGAGCAGAAUUACACCUGAAAUAAAGUCUCAUUUUAUUAGAAUGGCAGUUUAAAUAAGUUCUGAACACAAGCUUAAGUUGUAAUGGGAAUUUUUACUGAACUCCUACCAGUGUCAUUCUCCUUACAAUGACCAAACUCAGUAUUUGGUUAGAGAAUCUAUUUUUCUAUUUAAAGCCUGUAAUAUUCAAUAGCGUAUAAGAGACUGAACGUUCUCCUGUAUCAGGUUAGUCGUCAACCUUGCUGCUAUUGAAAUAGGUUUGUUCGUUGCUACCCCCAAUAAAACGAUCCCUUUUUGGGUGCACAGUCUCUAAAGCUGCACAGUUCACAGCGCCUCAGAGCGCAGGGCAGACUGAAAUGCAGUGCUGGGAUCGGGUGCGCCGCGCGCCUGAAACGCACACGCGUCAUGACUUACUGAAAGCUCUUUUGUGUGCUGCUGACUGAUACAAGAGUGGCUUAGGUUCUUUUGUGGGGAAGCAGGUGCUGAUACCUUCAGUGAGCAAGUGGUGGUAAAACUAAAUUGUACUAAUGUUAGCUUCAGGCUAAUAAUUUUAUAAAAGUACUCUCAGGUUCUCUUGCUGGAUUAAUGUAAACUGCUUUGUUUGCAGGGUUUAUUGUCAUCCCAAAACCAGGCCAAUUCUCCAAGUGGAACUGUAGUAUAGCCACCACACUACUGCUAGCAAAUCUCUGAACACAGGACAAGAAGUAAUGGCAAUGGAACCAGGAGCUGUUCUUCAGGCAAAGAGCAUCACAAAUUAUAAUGUGGCAGAGUGUAAACAUGGAAUUAUGUGAAUCACAUAGUAAUUUGAAAAGGAAUAAUGUAAUGAGUUCUUAUUACAGCUAAUACUGCGGGCUGCUCACCCAAGGAAGUUUUCAUUUAAAAACAAAAAAAAAAGCUUCCUUUGGUGCUGCAGUAAAAAACAAAUAGUAACAUUUUUGGUUUUCUUUAUACUUUUAAAGUCCGGUGUAAUUUAAUCUAUAUAUAUAAAUAUAUAAAUAAAAAUAUAUAUAGUGUAAAAUAAAGUAUGUUUCUUAAAUUGAAGUAAGUUCAAUGGUUAAAUUAGUACUUCACCAUUGUUUAUUUUGCACUGAUUUUUUUAACCAGAGAUGGCGAGAGGACAGCCUGGAAUGCACUCAUAGAACAUGAAAGUCAUUACUUUCCGGCUUCAAAUGUUAUUCAGGAAGAUGGAUGCUGCAAUCAUAGAUUUUUAAAACAGAAUUGUUUUGCACUUAAAUAGUUUAAUGCUAAUAGAAAAUUACUUUAAAAUCGGUGUCUAAACACCAGAAAAACUAUGUUGUGGAGAGAAGAUCCUUUGUAUCUAUUAAACAUUUAUUUUAAUAUUGUUGUUUCCAACUGCAAUCAGCUCUGUAUUAUAUGUAUAAAUAAUGUAAUUCAGUGAUGGGGAGGGGAUUAAUGGAUCAUUACACUAGAAACUCAGUCAUUUAAGAAAGUGAUAUUUCUAAUUCAGAAAAUACAUAUUAAACUAUCUUGAAUAUGCA